AUGAAAUUCUAUACCUUAUCCGCAGUUGUAGUAACUGUCUUGUCAGUCAUUACUGAAGCUGCUGUUACCAGAAUCCCUAUCAAAAAGAUUCAUGAAACGCCAUCCGAAAGACUGCAAAGAUACUCUCAUACAGGCGAAUACUUGACUCAGAAAUACUUCAAGUCCUCUCAACGCAACACUGAAUCCUUGCAAACGUUCCAAGUAGAGGCAGACGGAAGCGCCAAGCACGGUGUCCCGCUGUCCAACUACAUGAAUGCUCAGUAUUAUGGUGAAAUUCAAUUAGGCUCUCCUCCUCAGACAUUCACGGUGGUGUUUGAUACAGGUUCUUCCAACCUGUGGGUCCCUUCUACACAUUGUAGUUCCAUUGCUUGUUUCCUGCACAAGCGUUAUGACUCUCAAAAAUCCCAAACCUACGCUGAGAAUGGCACUGAAUUCUCCAUUCGUUACGGCACUGGCGCUCUCGAAGGGUUCAUCUCGCAUGAUCAGUUGAACCUCGGUGGUAUCAAGAUUGAAGAUCAAGGCUUUGCUGAAUCGGUCAAGGAACCAGGAUUUACCUUUGCUUUUGCUAAAUUCGAUGGUAUCUUGGGUCUUGGUUACGACACCAUCUCUGUCCAACACACCGUCCCUCCUUUCUAUCAUAUGGUCAACCGCGAUCUCAUUGAUGAGCCCCUGUUCAGUUUCUGGUUGAACGACGCGGGUGAGGAAGGUGCUGCUGGCGGUGAGCUUAUCUUUGGUGCUACAGAUCCAUCGCAUUACUCUGGUGAACUGAUCUGGUCCGAUGUGCGUCGUAAAGGAUACUGGGAAAUUACCAUGGAAGACAUCAAGUUUGCUGGCGAGUCCAUUGAAUUGGACCCUGUUGGCGCUGCUAUUGAUACUGGCUCUUCCCUCUUGGUCGCCCCUACCACCAUUGCGGAUUUGAUCAACCACGAAUUGGGUGCUGAAAAGAACUGGGCUGGCCAAUACAUUGUGGACUGCGCCAAGAUCCCUGAUUUACCUGAAUUCUGCUUUGUGUUUAGCGGUCAAGACUUUUGUCUCACUGCUGAGGACUACAUCCUCAAUGUUCAAAACCAGUGUAUCUCUGGCUUUAUGGGCAUGGACAUUCCUGAGCCUGCUGGACCCCUCUGGAUUGUCGGUGAUGUCUUUUUGCGUAAAUUUUAUAGUGUCUAUGACCUUGGCAACAAUCGUGUUGGAUUAGCACCCUCCAAGUAA